GUCCCCAGCGAACCAGGACCAAUGCGAACCCCAACCCCGAGCCCCAAGAUCACUAAGAACCCUGAGAACCCGAAGAACCCCGAAGCCCAAGACGACUGAAAACCCCCGAGAUUUAUCAAAAUGGGCGACUCGAUACCCACAGACCCCAGAAUCGAGCUCGCGAAGCUCUUCGAAAAUCAACGAUGCCCGAGCCUCGCCCUUAUUAUCCGCCAGACGGACUCAAUCCGUGUCACCGACCCAGUCGCCUACACCGAGGCGCUCAAGCCCUACAGCGAUCUUCUCAACUCCAUAGAGGACUCGAUCUGCGCCCUCGCCCAAGAACGAGACGAUUUCGAAUCCCGCAGCAAGAUCUCUGAGGCCAAUUUCCAGACCAUCGCUAAAGAACGGGAUUCGCUCAAGAACAUCAUUAUUGAACAACAACGACAGUCGCUCGAAGGCCAGAGACGCACAGGCGCUCUUAGCUCUAGCAAGGGGAACUAUCCCAGAAAGCGAAUGUCGACCGACCCCCCAUCGAAGUUUGACGCUAAGGACGGCGCCUACCACAGGGUCCAGGAGUCCUACGAGACCUGGGAGGCGAAGAUUAUAGGUGUUUUCGACCGCGACUUGGACUAUUUCGACACCCCGAAGCUCCGCAUCGGCUACAUCGCCGACCAGUGUGAUGGAAAAGCCUUCCAGUUCAUCUCUGGUCACGUAACUGCCUUCCGCGGGAACCCCAACGAUCCCAACCUCAAGUUCCAUGAUUGGGAGGCGAUGCUGAAGUUCAUGCGCCAACAGUAUGUCACAACAGACUCCUCCCAGUUCGCCAAGGACAAGCUCGACCUGUUCUCCCAGGGAAACCGCAACUAUUGGUCCUGGAAGCAAGAACUGGACGAGCUGUUCGUCAAAGCCAAGAAGACCCGAGCGCACAUCACUACGACCCGCAAACCAACCCCCACCCACUGCCCAUGCCCCAACGCACCACUCAGCCUCGCGGCCCCAACAACCGUGGCCGCGGGAAUUUCGCACCAAGCUUCCGAGGUCGUGGAGGUUUCAGAAGCGGCAACUCGCUUUCCCACGGCCGGGGCGGCUACGCCGCCCAGCCGCGCCCUCGAGUUUACCAGCCUCAGACCAGCCACAUGCCCCCCUGGCACCAGGACCAGUACCAGCUGCGCGCUGCCGAUCACGAGGCAGGUCAUGCCAUUGGCGAGGUUCAGUCGGACUACACGCCGACCGAUUCUGACGAUGCCAGCCAGGCGGGUCACAAUCCGAGCCACAACCCGAACCCAGUCUGGAUACAGUCAAAAGAUCAACCCUUGCGCUAAGUCGCUCGCGAGGGUCGAAACUCUAUGAGGGAGAGGAUGAGAGGAUCCGAGCUCUGCUGCUGGACCCAACACCACUGGUCCUAGGUAAGCAGUCUUUUGACCUGCACGCCGCAGAUAGCACCAGUAAUAAAAAUUCCAUCCUUGUCCAUACAU